AUGUCGUCUUACCAAACCGAACCAAGAGCUUCAAGUCGAGAUGUUUCAACUUCCGGAUUGCCGCCUGAGCGUCGUCGAUUUUGGGUCGAGCUUCCGGGUUGGGUAACCGCGUACGUGAAGGUGGAGCUAGCUAAGGAAGGUACCAAGAACGCCGAUGUGUAUGAAGUGCUUUGUGACUUGUGGAAAGUGCCAAGGAGCUUUGGCGUAGCAACAGAAGAUCAAGUGGUAUAUGUGAUCACCGAAGCUCUGGCCAAACGCGAUACCUCGGGAGCAAGCGGUUUGGCGAAUGUCCAACGACAAGCUCUGGCGCAGGAGAUAGUCCAGGUGAUCGAAUACCUUGUGGAAAACUCUUCGGCAAAACCAAAGCGCCUCAGCUGGCUAGACCCGAAUUUAUCGGAAAAGUUGCAAAACGUCUCCCCUUCCGAUUGGAUCAUCUUUCCCGCCUCUGACAUGAUCCAUUGGAUCUCAGGUAGGGAAUCAAAAGACGUCGAGAAAUCUUUGCGACAUAUUCCUCAACGACCUCCUUGCCGAGUGUGCGUCUUUGGAAAUUUUAAUCAAAAUUCCCUCGAUCCCAAUGCGAAUAAUGGCCAAAGAAAAAUUGCGGCCGCAUCCAUGGAGCUAUCUCAGAUUUGGCAUAAAGGCCUUUUUGUGACGUUCACCAGCAAGGCGGCAAGCUCGAAUCUUGACGGUCUCAGGAGAUUACAAGACAGUCUCGUGGCUCGAAUGUACGACGCGCUCGAAGAUCCAACCCAUUAUCUCGACAUAGCGAUGUGGCUCAGUAUGGACACUUAUUGGCUCCUCAGUCCGCCUUCGGCUAGCGAAGCUCGAGCGUCCAGAGAUAGUACCAUUCGGUCGCUUCGCGCGUUCAAUCAAAUGCAUGAUCCAGACCUGCCCCCCAUUCCAAUCAUCAGUAAAGACCACAUGGAAAGAGGGAUAGAAAACAUUUUCAAGGAUGGCGGCACAUCGAUUCAUCUGAUGAAGUCUGAUAUCCUCAAAAAACUCAAGAUUCCCCGGUCCGAUUUACGUGCGUUGACAGCAACCAGGAAUAGAAUCUUUGACCGGAGAACCGACGGGGCGAGUGAGUUGCGGACUAUUCAGGAACUUGGAAGUCACUUGGUCAAAACGUUUUGGAUGUUCAGGUUGGCCUUGAUCGUUGUGUCUGAAGAAGAAAUGAAUGAUAUACGCCGUUCAAACCAGCUACCUUGGUGUCAGUUUGUGAGUUUUGAAAACCUCAUUGCAUUGAUUGAAAACAACUUUAGGUCUUAA